UGCAAGAAGCGCUUUAGUUUGACCCUGUCCAGCGCCUGUAUCUGUAGUCUCGCAACUACAAGUCCCAAGCAAUAACGGCUCGCAUAACAUCACAGCCCCGCGUAUAAUACCCUUCCCUCUGGCUUCGCCCGCCUGUCAUUACGCUUUCAUUGAAGGCUGCAGUUGAUUGGUUCCUCUAAACAGUCCCUCCUUGAGUCGAUAGCGAAGAUGGCGGCGAGUGUUUUUGUGCUGUGAGCCUAGUCGUUCAGAACCAUCGAGCGGUGUGACUGUAUUUGUUUUAUCGCUUUUGGCUCGGACAUGUGGCUUCGCUGAGGAGGACGCGGUGGUUUAGCCUAGUCCGAAGCCCUGUCGGCAGUGCAGAGCGAUUGUACGAGUACCGGGAGAAGGAGGCCUGAGCCGGACAGUUUUAGAUCAUUUUAAGAAACAUGAAGAACAAGAGAUUUAUGUUGGCUGGAAGUAACAAGCAGCACAAAGAUGAUGAUGAUGAUGCAAGAGAAGAUUCCACCUGGUCUAAUCUUGUAUCAUGUUUCACAAAAGAACGGUGUCCAAUAUGUUUGAAUUUUCUAAGAAAGGAUGAUGUUGCAUUUCCUGAAAAUUGCUACCAUGCUUUCUGUUUCACCUGUAUCUUAAAGUGGUCUGAAACUUCUACUUCAUGCCCUGUUGACCGAAAGCCAUUUCAAGCUGUUAUGAAAAUAGAUAAAAUUGGAUGUACGAAGAUCCCUGUCAAGACAAAGUUAACUAAGGAAUCCAGAGAAAGAUACAGCUGUGAUAAGAAACAGUGCUGUUCUGUUGGUAUUGAAAAUGGCAAAAUUUAUUUCAGAACUGAUAUAGCUGGAGAAACUCCACUUCAUAAUUAUAAAGCCAGCACUUAUGAGAAAAAUCAGUGCAACACUGAAGAGAAAACUGACCUGAAAUUGAAGAUCAAAAGAUUAAGCUGGUCUAGUGCUUAUUGCUGUGGUGGCUACUCAGACAUAUAUCCUCCUGUAAACACAUCUGGUACACCUAACCAUGUUAGUAAUGGGUCAUAUGCGCCACAAGAUUCUGAAACUAGUUUGAUCCAAAUGAAGAGACAUGAGCUAAGUUACUUAAGGACACCUGCUGUAGCUUGGCAAACCCAAUGCAGUGCACCUCUUUCUACUGAAAUGGAAACAAUGAUGCUUCCACUGCCUUCAUUUUCUUUUUUUGACCAUAUCUUCCCAUUAAAUCACUACUCGUCCAGAAAUCAAGAUUUCUCAAAGAGAACUUGUGCUCAAUCAGGCACACAAGAAGGCACUGAAAAGAAGCGAGCAGCUGGUGCUUCCAGUACUAGAGGGACAAGGAAAAAGCCUGUUCAGUCAAGCACAAGGAGAAGGUCUACACGAAAUAGCAAAACUGAGGAAGUCGGUCAACUUCAGAGUUCUCCAAAAUCUAGCAAUUCUGAUCACAGUGCUACUGGCUGCAACAGCUCCUCCACAAAUGCAGAGUCAUCACAAAAUGUAGUAAAGUCUCCACCUAAACAAAAAAGAUCAUCGAAAAAAAGAUUACAGGUUCGAAAAAGCCUUCGAUCCAACAAACACACACAGGAAGAAUCUGAUGAAAGUAAGGAGAAUUCCGAAAGUGAAUCCGAGCAAAGUUAUCAAAAGAAGUCAAAGAUAUCAAGAGAAAGCUCUUCAGAAAUGGGACACACUGAUACAGAUACAUCUGCUGAUCAAGUUGCUGAAAUGUGUGAGCAUCAUAUGGAUGAACAGUCUUCAGAUAUACCAGUUUCUGAUACUGACAAACAUUUUGAUGAACAACAUUUGCCUCUCUCUCCUCAAAUAGAAUCCUCUGAUAAAAUUCAAUAUUCACCUGACUUUGAAAAGGAGGACAAUUUUAAUAAAGACAUUGCAUCUCCUGGGUUAAACAAUGGACAACAUAUAGGUGCUGAAACAGAUUGCUCACCACCUGCAGAGCAAAUUGUAUUGUCACAGUCUGUUUCUCCAAAACUACUAGAUGCUCAAGAGGAUACUGGUUUGUGUCCUGAACUGCUGCAUUUGGAGGGAAACCAUAAUCCUGGCACUGUAGGAAUAGAGAAGCCAAAGAAUUUAGUGAGUACAGAUUUUGUAUCAGAACAAUCUGAGGGGAAAGAUAUGGAGCAUACAUUACAUUCUGCAUCUUCUUCUGAUUCUGAUACUCUUCUGGAGUCUGAAAAUGCAACAGUUUUACCAUGCAUGACAAUAGAAAAGUUCAGUGAACCUGAGGAAAAUGAGGAAGGUGGAUUGCAGUGUAAAAAAGAGAAUUCUGAUGGAUCUGAAAAUGCAACAACUUUACCAUUCAUGACAAUAGAAAAGUUCAAUGAGCCUGAGGAAAAUGAAGAAGAUGGAUUGCAAUGUAAAAAAGAGAAUUCUGAUGGAUCUUCAUCAGUCAGUGAUAGCCAUUCCAUAGUAAUCAAACCCAGUGAUUGCCUUGUUUCACAAAAUGGCUAUAACAUUCCUCCUUCAUUAGAAAGCAUUGUUGUAUCACAGACAGGUCAGGGAUCUCUAUAUCAUCCUGCUUCAGAAAAACAAGGACAAUCUGAAGUUGGUAAUUUUGGAAAUAUUUUGUCAAAGGAAACUCAUUCUGUGACUGAACAAUCUGUUGAAUUAGAAGAAACUUUUGAAUCUUCUGUUCCUGAAAUGCAAAAUUGUAGUGAAUCUUUGCUUCAGGAAAUGUUACCAACAAAACCAGGAGAUGAUGACACAGCAAGUGGCUUUUUAGAACAUAAAGAAUGCUUUGGGAAAGAAGCUAGUUCAGCAAAUUCACCACAAGAAAAUAAAGACAAACCUAACUUUGUUUCUAAUAAGGUAACUGAGCUUCCUGUACAAUCAACUGUUGCCUUUUCACAAAUGCAUGUCGAAGUGGAUGGCUGUGAAAAGCAAGUAAAUGUUGAUAUGGAAAAUGGUAAUAUAAUGCAUGAAAAUUUGGAAAGCACUAUAAACACAGGUGCUGAUUUAGAGGCUCACAAAUUACUCUUGAGUGUUAAUGAGAAUGGUGAUAAGUCAGAUCUUAAUCCUGAGCAAGGAAAUGUUUGUAAAGAUGAUAAAUCUGCUUCCGAUUUUGUUAAUAGUGAUAAAAAACAAAGUGAAAUUGACAGUAUGCAAGAAGUUAUGGACAAGGAAACUCUAAAAUCUGAAUCGGAUUCUCAGGUGUCUGAAAAAGAAGAUAAAAGUAAUGUUCCAAACUCAGAAUCAAAAGAAGUUAAUGAAAAGCUUAAAAGAGAAACCCGAACAAGAAAAUCUAGGUUUCACUCUCCGUCAACAACAUGGUCUCCUAGUAAAACCGAUAUUAAAGAUAGACCAAGAUCUCGUUCAAGAUCUAAAGUAAGGGACUCUCCAGCUAAAAGGAGGUCUAGAACACACAGUAGGGACAGAGAUCGAGACCGAGGUGGACAGUGGAAAGGUCGAAGUAGAGACCGUAGACAUAGGAGACAGUCUAGGUCCAGAUCUAAAAGUCGUUCACGUUCUGGAUCACGUCCCAGAACUAAAAACCGAUUUUCUGCACCUGAUCGAAACAAUGAUAGCCAUUCUCCACACUGGAAAGACAGGCGGUCACAUGAAAACUGGAGAGGUUCUAGAGGACAUGAAAGAUACAGAAGAAGUGAUAAUGAAAAAUCUGUUGAGCAUUCAAGGCGGAAUGAGCAGUAUAAGUCAAAUGAAUAUUCACGACGGAAUGAGCAAGCAAAGUCUGAGCACUUGCAUCGAAGUGAGACAGAAAAAAGGUUGAAUGAAGCCGAUAAGCACAGUGAUCUUUCCCGGAGAAAUGAGUCUGAGAAGACUGGCGACAAUUUUCAACUGAAGGGAUUUGAACAAAAUAAUAAGUUUCCCAAAAAUGAGGCAGAAGUACCCAGUGACCAUUCGCCACUAAAAGAGCUUGAAAAUGUCUCCAAACAUUUAAUGCACAAUGAACCACAGAAACCCAGUGAACAUAUCCUACAGAAUGAGAAUCUCCAGCAGGAUGAGUCUGAUAGGCCCUCUAUUCCUUUUCAACAGAAGGAACCUGAGAAACCCAAUAACUGUUCCCAGCAGGAGCCUAAGAAACCCAACAAUUCUUUCUGGCAAACUGAGCCUGAGCAGCAAAGUGAAUCCAUCCAGUGCAAUGAAUCAGAAAAGGCCAACAUUUUUCACCACAGUGAACCAGAAAAGCCUGGAAAUCAUUUCCAAAAGAGUGACCCUGAAAGGCCCGGCAAAAGCUUCUGGAGGAAUGAGCAUGAGAAGUCUAGUGAUCAUUUCCGAUGGAAUGAACCUGAUAAUAAUCGCAGUAAUUUCUGGAAGAAUGAGCCUGAGAGGCCAGACAACCAUUGCUGGCCAUACGAGCCAGAUGUACCAAAUGAACAAUUUAGAAAUGAAAAGCAUAAUAUAAACAGAGAGAGAUCUGAGCAGUAUCCUGGAAAUAAAAAUAAUUAUCCAGAUUGGAAUGCAGAAAAUAAUACAUCCAUUGAAAAAAGAGGAAGAGGAGCGAACCGAUCUAGAGGCUAUAAUAGGGGAUCGUCCUGGUCUGAUAACCAGUACCAUUCAGGGGAUUCAUGGAAUAGAAAUGCAAACUCAGAAUGGAGGGCACCUAGAGGUCGCGGAGGACGUGGUAGAGGUGGGUUCCGUGGUGGAAUAAGCUUUGGUGACCAAAAUGAAAAUCGAUGGAAUGAUCGACCGCCUUUUUCAGGAAAUUCUCAAUAUUUUGGGCCUGAUCCUUCUGGUUUAACUGAUAAUAGAAAUUUUAGGCCCAAAUAUGAACAAGAACCACCCAAUCCACCUGCAGACCGCUCUGGAUGGUCAUCUGCAUCAAGCUGGGCUGUGAGGAAAACAUUACCAGCUGAUGUUCAGAGUUACUAUUCGAAGAGGGGGAAAAACAAUGCAGGCCCUCAGUCAGGGUGGUCAAGACAAGAAGUGUCUCAGGAUCAAGAUCAAACCAUUAAAGAGACAGAAAGUCAGCAAGUAGAUGCAUCCCAAGUCCCUGUAAAUGUUGUACAGCCUCAAGUGAAUGUAGUGCAGCAACUAAUGAAUCCACCUCCUCAGCAGCCUAUGAAUAUUUUCCCAUAUCCUGUGGGCAUCCAUCCUCCCAUGGUAAACAUCCAACACAAUCCAUUUAAUAUUCCUCAACUACCAAUGCAUCUACACCCUGGGCUGCCUAUCGUUCAAGUGGCUGUUCCUAACACAGUUCCUCAGGGACUGCCUCCUCCUCCACCUCCUCCACCACCAACACAACAACUUAACUACAUUGCUUCACAGCAAGAUGGAAAACACUUGCAGGUGAAUGCCAGUGCCUCACAUGUAAGUAGUAACAUGAGUGCACCGCUCUUGCCUGCUCCCACAGCAUCCCAAGGCAUUGCUGGAAAUAUCCUGGGACCAAAUUCAGGUAGUGUUGCAACCUCCAGUCAUCCAGUAAAAUUCUCUGCAAGAAAAGAAAGCAUAACGGCGGAAGCCAUUGCAGAUAGCUCCAACAAGCAAAAGAGAGUGCACAUACAAGAAAGAGCAGCACAGGAAGUCAAAAUAGCCAUAAAACCAUUUUAUCAAAACAAAGAUAUAACAAAAGAGGAAUACAAGGAGAUUGUAAAGAAAGCAGUUGAUAAGGUUUGCCACAGUAAGAGUGGAGAAGUGGAUUCAUCUAAAGUUGCGAAUCUUAUAAAGGCUUAUGUAGACAAGUACAAACAUUCUCGGAAAAAAGGGGACUGAUGAAACACUUUAAAGCGGAUUAUCCCUUCAAUCAUGAGAAUCAAAUGUCCAAUAUAAUUGUGAAAGUGCAAUUUCAGUGUCUCAUCGGAAUUGUUCACAGCCGUCAUUGGAAUCAGGUUUUGAUAAAAUAAAUUUUCAGUGUAGGAAUGUUUGAUUACAUUUAGAGAUCUUUCCCUUCACCCCCCCCGAUGCAUUUUGUUUUUACUAGCAAAGAUAUAUGGUUUAAUAAGGAUGUACAGCAUUUUGACUUAAUUGUGUGUAAAAUUAGAGAUGUGUCUUGAUACUUGGUUCUCAACCAGGUACUGUAUGUACAGUACAUGUAAUCUGUUUGGAUAAAAUUUCUGAUCACGUGACUCACCUUGAUUGUGGUUUUUCUCUUAUUUUAGUGAUGUUUUUUUUCUGGACUCAUUUCGAGCUUAACUGGACACACUGAACUUUCAGUGUAAAUGAUGUAUUAAAUUGUCUGAAUCAUGAUAGAGAAAUAAACUUUCAGAAUAACAGUAUGCUACAGCAAAGCUGUGUCCAAUAAAUAUAUAUAUUUUUUUAAGAUGGGCACCACCUAUGGCAACACCAAAUAAAUACUAUGCUGCUUA